AUGAAUAAUAGCUCAUCACCAUGUGCACCGUUGGCAUGGUCAGCUACUGCAGCUGAUGCCAUUGAACCUUCAUUUUAUGUAUGUAUCAUAGCGGUGAUACUACAUUCAGCAUUUUGGUUAUCAAUUUUGGUCUUUUCUUCUUUACGACAGUGGGAAUCCUUACAAUGGCUUUAUGCAUUUUUAAUUGUGGAUCUUUUACUUUUGAUACGAUUUUUUAUCUUAUAUGGUCUUCGUACUUCACCCGCAUGCGUAUCCGUUGAUCUUCGCACACUCGUGUGUUAUUUUGAAGGCGUUGGAGACAUCUACUUGAACAUGCUUCAAGGUUAUGUAUUAUUAGCAUUGAAUAUUUGUCGUCAUUAUCAAAUUACACGUGGUGGUGCUGAUAUUUAUACUUCGCAUCGUUGUUUGAUGUUAACUGCGCAUAUACUUAUUUACAUUGUACCUUUGAUUCUUCUAAUCAUCGAGAUUAAACUCGACUGGGCAGUUUUGUAUCGUCGACCAGGCAAUUCGUGUGAUUUAGACUUCUCUUCACCUGCCGUACAAACAUUCAAUACCAUCUUUGCCUACGUAUUUCCUGUUGGUUUAACACUGACCUAUCUAUUCUUAAGUCUUCGUCACGUUCGUCGAAUUGCUGCUGCUAUACGUGAUCAACAGAUAUCCGACACUCGUCUUAAACAUCAUCGAUUACUGGUUUUUCAGUCAAUUACAUUCUACAGCGUCUGGCUUUUGCUAUGGUCACCACAUGUUAUUAUAUCUCAAUUCGUUUAUGUGUCAAGCACAGCAGGAGCUGUCUCUCAGAUACUGAAUUACAUCGAGUUAACAUCUGAUCCAUUGAUCAUUGCAGCGCUUGACGUGCGAUUUUUGAAAGUGUGGAAAGAAACUUUCGCAAAAAUGAAAACUCGAAUUGUUCCGAUUGCGAAUGCUUAA